AAGACGAAGAGGCGUAAACUUCCGGGUUUCAAACUGCUACAAUCGCAAUGAGCAGCACUUAGACACAGCGAAACAGGACCGCGUUUUGUCUUGGGAUGGGAUCACCCAAAAAACCCUCAGUGGCACACAGAUCCUGUGUGUGUGAGCAUAAUUCUGGUAAGGAGCCAGAUUCCCCACUUCCUCCCAUCAGUGAGCGGUUAGCUCACAUUCGGCCCAGCAAGGAACUUGUGGAGUUCUACAAGGACAAGAUUGCCCAGUGUGAGGGAGAGCAGGCACAACUGCUGAAGAAUUUGGAGAAAUACAAGAGCAUCAUAGAUGACCAACAUAAGCUACAGGGUGACUUACGGCAGCGUGAAGAAGAGAUUGCACAGCUGCAGAAUGCGCUGAGCGACAUGCAGGUGUACCUCUACCAAGAGAGGGAACAGUCUCUGCGGCUUCAUGCAGAAAAUGACAGACUAAAGAUCAGAGAGCUGGAGGACAGAAAGAAAAUGAAUCACCUCCUUUCACUAGUGGGUACUGAUGAUGGAGAGACCACGUAUUUCCUGCGGGAGCCUCCUCACAAGGUGACUGUCAAACAGAAGAACCAGGAGUCGGGGGAGAAUCUCAAUCUCAGGCCAACACAUUUAAAACCUACUGUGACUAGUAAAGCAGUGUCCAUUAAAAAAUCGAAAUUUGAAGAUUUGGGAACUGGCGAUUCUUUGGAAAAAUAUAAGACGGACAACCAUACUUUAAUACUACAGGUGGAAGCGCUGCAGGCCCAGAUGGAGGAACAAACCCGGCUGGCCAGAGAGCAGGUUGAGUCACUCCAGGAGGACCGACAGAUUAAAAAAGAGGAAGCGCAGGCGGAAAGGCAGAGAUUUCAGUGCCACAUCUCGGCUUUGACAGAAAAGCUAAAGCGAACCCAGAAUCUGCUCUUCGAAACCAUCCAGGAUUUCACAAAGCUCAAAAUUGACACAAGGACAAAGGAAAAUAGAUGGAUGUUGGAGAAGGACCGCCUCCUGGGGGAUGUGAACAUGCGCCACAAGCUUCCAAAGAAAUCUGCUGGUGCGGAGGUGCGGCGAAUACGGCGGCCCGUUAGCGGCGAGAGUCCGACUCGGGUCAGCCCGACUCGGUUUAGCCCGCAGCCUCAACAAGACUAUAAGCAGAAACAUAAGGAUGACAUUAAGGCCAUGCAGGAGGAUGCAAAGCAAGCCCACCGUAUGGCAGAGAUGUACAGGGAGCAGUGUGUAGCUCUGGAAACAGAACUGGCCCAAGCCAGGGAGCAGGGUGAGGUUGGCAAGGAAAUAUUUAAGGAGCGUUCGGAAAAAGUAGCUCAGCGUCUUAAGCUGAUGACGCAGCGUUAUGAGGCCUUGGAGAAGAGGAGGACCUUGGAGGUGGAGGGCUUCAAGACCGACCUCAGGCAACUUCGGCAAAAGUUCAAAGAUAUAGAAAAACAGCUCAUACAGGUGACCCUUAAUGUUGGGCCCAACCAGGACUUAGCUAUUCUGCAAGAGGUCCGCGAGAGCAAUACCAGGACGAAGAAGGUCCAAAGUGAUCUGAUGAUGUUAAAAGCCAAGAUCUAUGGAUUGGAAAAUGAGCUAAGAUUUUGCUAGGGAAUGGAUCACAUUGGGUUUUUUUUUUUUUUUUUGACGCCUUAAAAAGCUUUGUGAGCUUUACACAAGCGAUGUGCUUUGUACUGUUUAUUAGUCCUGCUUGUUUAUUU